AUAUGACGACUGAUCUUUUUUUACAAACGAUGAACACCUUCAACAAGCAAAGAUUAAUUCGCCUGCCGAAACCAGCAACGUGGUGCAAGCGUGGUUAUUUUGUGGAUAUUGUGGGUCAUCCAGAUGUUAUAUUCGGUAGCGCCGAUAAUAAUGAUGAAUUAGAGUCAUGGUCAGUCGAUCAUUUAUUUUCAGUAGUCGAAAUUAAACCUGAAUGGCUUAUGAGAAUUGCGCUGGGGGAGGAAUUAAUCGACGCGCACAACCAACCUGUUGUAAAUAUCGAUGUGGACGAAGGAAAGCAAAUUCAUUUACACGAGAAGUACAACAGCGCAGUGGACAUGAUUGAUGAUGGCACAACUGAAUAUACACGUUGUCAAAAAAUCGUCAAACUAAUUCGGCAGAUUUUCGGAUAUAUGGUCAUUAAUGAUAUGCGAUAUGGCCUACUCACGUCAUACACUCGAACGUGGUUCCUCCACCGUCAAAAUAAAGAUCCAAAUAUUCUUUACAUUUCUCCUUCUGUUGAUAUUGAUCAAAGCCACACGUCGACUCAACCCUCGUUCUUAGAAUGCAUGCAUUAUUUCGAAGACCUAUGCAUGGCAGACCCAUUUGUGCACUCAUCACCACCUACCACUGACCUUGAAUAUGUCGAAAAUGAUGAUGACAAUGAAGACGAAAUUGAAAAUGCUUCCGAAUAUGAAGAUGAGAGUAAUUAUUUUUGGUCAAAUAAAUUUACAUCCCUCCAAGGUGAAGUUAAAAUCGAAAAGAUGAGAAACUAUAAUCGUAGUCGGUUUUUGCUUGGAAGUGUACUGGGACAUGGUCGAUCAGGAGUUGUUCUGACAGCUAAACUCUGUGGAAAGACAGGCGCUCUCAAACUGGCUGACCUAUACAAAAACAAGGAAUUACUGGAGGAAAUGCUUAAUGAAAUCAGAAUCUACGUCGGACCACUCAUCGACAUUCAAGGCGUGCAUAUCCCAAAGCUUCUACGAUUCGGUAUUCUUCAUGAAGCGUUUGUCUUCAUUCUUAUGACAUCAGCUGGAAUUUCGUUUGCGAAGUUGGGAAAUGACGUUAUGAAAAAGGAGAAACUGUUGGCCGUUGAGGGCUUACAAGCGAUCCAUAAAAGAGGGAUAUUGCAUGGUGAUAUUAGAUUGGAGAAUAUAAUGGCGGAGAAAAAUCACUUGACGGGUCAGAGUCGUGUGUGGUGGAUCGAUUUUGCUUUGAGCAAAACAGGAGCGAGUGCAAAAGAUCUAGAUAGGGAGUUGAUCGAAUUGAAACGUUUGCUUCGUUUAGUAGACCAGAAAGGGCCCAAUAAGAAGCGUCGCCGAUCUACUUCGGGUAUAGGUGCUCCCGAUGCAAUACACUUUUAG